AUGGUGUUUCGCUCCUUUUUAUAUCCUAUACAAAGCCCCAUUGGUCGAUCACUACAUUGUCUUGUCAAAAGCCGUGUAAACACUCUUUUACCACGUCGUCGUACACUCGAUGGAGUCACCAUCGUAUCCAGUCGUCAUUGGUUCAGCACUCGAUCUCGAUACCAGUAUCAGCAAUCCACAGCAUCAUUACCGCCUUCCACUGUAUUAACGACACACGACCAUAUUCCACUUGCAGAACUUCAUGCAUUGUCUUGCACUACUGCUACUGCUGCUGGCCAUUCAUUCGUGACACUUGUCGAGCAAGGGCAUUACGCUCAAGCCCUAAGUAUGAUUCACGACAAUAUUCAUGCUGCUACUCCUGAGGAUCGGCAGUUGUUUUUCGAGACGAUUGCAAAGCGACUGGAGGCUGACGAGUUGUAUGCUCUAUUUCGACCCGUACUUGCACAGCAACAGCAUAGCAACACAGUGAAGCGGAUUGGACGAUCAGCUGCAAGGUUUUGGUCACGCGAGCAAGUGAUUGGGAUGAUGCGAUUAUGCGAGGAUCCAGCGGAUGAACGAUUUCAAGUGUAUCUUUAUCGACGAUUGACAUUGGCAUAUCAACGGACUCAUGAUUUGGACGCGUUGUUGGAAGGAUUGGAGUUGGGAGGUGUAUCGACACGAUUAUACAACAUGGCAUUACAUGCUUGCGUACGAUCCAAUCAACUCGAUCACGCUGAGAAGAUAUUGAAGCGAAUGGAACAGAAGGAUAUACGAUGGGAUGCGGUGUCAUUUGCUAUCUUCAUGAGAUCACAACUUGCCAAGGGUCGUCUUGAUGAAGCAACUCAAUCUUUUGAUGGAAUGAUAUCCAGUGGCAUCGCACCAACAGCACCCACCUAUCACUUAUUUAUCAAGUAUUUGGCAAGGAAUGGACAAUGGCGUGAUGUAGUGCAAUGGUUGGAUCGUAUGGGUGACAUGCAAAAUGCGAUCACAUUGAGGAUAUUGCUACGAGAGGCACGUCGACACAAGAAUAGACCAGGGAUGGCAACGGCUUUGGAGCGCGUCUUGGAUACCGUGCCACCACAACCUAUCGAAGAUGAGAACAAUGUGGGUAUUGCAGCAUCCACCCUAUUAAGGCAUAAGCGGACACAAAGUGCAAUGCAGCUCUUGGAAACGUUUCUACGACAACGACAUGCUUCAGUACCAAGUGAUCAACAACCACAACGACCCCCUUCAGUAAAGAUUUACAACAUGUACAUGCAAGCAUUAUGCCAACAAGGCGAUCUCUAUGAAGCAGAAAGGGUGUUUAACACAUUGACCAACAUACCAGCAUUCCCGUCACCGGAUGUCUUUUCAUACACAAUCCUGAUUCAAGGCUAUGUCAAGCAAGCAUCCUCUUCAGACGCUACCAAAGCAGUAUUCGACUUGUAUCGAAAAAUGCCAUCAAGGGGUGGACCCACAACGCGUGGCACACUUCAGGGAAUGCUACUUGAAGCAACCAUCAAAACGCAUUCAGGCGAUAUUUGUGAUGUCCGUGAUUUGUUUGAUCAAAUGGUGAAAGAUGUUGAGGACGAUACGCUUUGUCUACCUACCGAAUCAGCCUUUUGUCCACCCUACCGGAAAGGUGUGCAUCAGCCAAUAUUGUACAAACAAGCUCGAAAGCAUACGUUGACGAUUCUUUACAAUGCAAUGAUGGAAGGCUAUUUUGUGUAUGAACGUGAACGACGGCUACGAACAGGCGGUCAUGGCGGGCUGGGCUCAGUCAAAGAUGCACUCCGAUUGCUGGAUGAUGCUGUACGCAAAGACAUCAAGUUGAAUACAAGGACGCUCAACAUUUGGGUACGUGGACUUGCAAGGUGGAAUCGUGAUUUGGAAGCGGCCGAAAUGAUCGUCAAUCAAUUCCGCAAGUUGGGUGUUGAGCCAGAUGAACGAACGACUUGGCAUCUUGUAUUUGCUGCAUAUCGACAAUAUGAUCUUGUACAGGCACGCAAAUGGUUACAGGCAUACGAAGAUCGUGGAUUACCCAUCACCUAUCCUUUACUUGCCGACCUCAAGGAACGUAUCAUGUAG